GAUGACGGUUCAAAGCUAUAAGUAACAGGUCUGCGUGUCUGGGGGCGGGGCGUGUUGGUUUUCUUGACGAGAGAGAAUUUGCACGUAAACAGUAGUAAACUUGGUUUUGUAUGUUGUGUUGUGUGUGCUUAUAGUUUUGUUGGGUAGAUACAGAUAGAUAUAUCAACAAAUAUUAUCUCAUCAAUCAUAUCUAUUUCUAUAUGUGUGUAUUAAAGGUGGCGAAUUCAAGAGGUAAUAACGACCAACGUGCCGCAAGGCGCACCAACAUUGAGGAGGGACAAGGAGGACAUCAUAACAUUGGAGAAUGGCUCAAUGAACCCCUGCUUAUUUCACAUCAGCAACGACAGCGGGCUGGCGGUGGUGAAAGUGGGAUAUUAGCGUCGGCCGCAUCGUCAAUGCUGUUGCAGUUGGAUUGGGAGAGAGAGAUGUCGGCGAUGGUAUCGGCCUUGACGCAUGUGGUGGCCGGAGAUGAAAAUGAGGUGGCUGCUGCAGGUGUUAAUUCUGAUUCAAGGACUAGUUCAUGGGGCAGUGUUGGAACUAAAAGAGGAAGAGAAGAAGAGGAAGAGGAAGAAGGCGGCGGCGGCGGUCCAUUGUCCGAGUCGGUUACAAGGCUUUGUAGAGCUUUCGAUGAAUUUCCACAGCACAUUCAGGGGCCAUCCUCCGCUUUUGGAGGCUUAAGCACCAGGACAACCACAACAGCAAUCCCUCCAACUCCAUCUCCAACUCCAAGCAGUAGAUAUGUAUACAGUGCGCCCGAAAUAGCAGAGCCAAUAAGGAGAAGAUACAGAGGAGUGAGACAAAGACCGUGGGGAAAAUGGGCAGCUGAGAUUAGAGACCCCUUCAAGGCUGCCAGGGUGUGGUUAGGCACCUUUGAAACAGCCGAAGCCGCCGCCCAAGCCUACGAUCAAGCUGCCCUCCGAUUCAGAGGCAACAAGGCCAAACUCAACUUCCCUGAAAACGUCAGACUCCUGUCGUCAACCGCCGUUCCUCCGCCGACCCAGUUGAGCAAUUCUGCUCCUCAAAAUACCCUUUUGUCCGUUGCCACAUCCUGUGAGCCGAUUGUUCACUCUCAAGCAUUCCAUUCGUCGGACGAGGUGCCUUCAACCUCAAGAAAUCUUGUUAGCUAUUCUGAGUUGGUUGAUAUGCAGAGGCAACCUAUGAGCCUUUAUGAUCAGAUGGUUCUAUCAUCCUCUGCUGUUGCUGAGGCUGCUGCUUCUUCGUCUUCCUCUUCUUCUUCGUUAUCACCGCCUCCGUUGUCUUCACUCUUUGGGGCUCGGUCAUGGCUUCCCGUCGGACCAUCCGUAAGUGACAACAGUACUAGUACUACUGAUUUUCCAAUGCAGCAAUGGUCUAGCUAUGCUCAAUAUACUACUCCCUCGUCGAGAUGAUGGUUUCAUUUACAUCUUUUACCAUAUAUAUUUUUCCAUUUAUUAUGAAAUUGUUGUUUGGUUCGGUUAUGAAACUUUUUCUUGUUAGAUGUAUUUACCAUUGGUACAAUCAUAUACGAAAAAAAAGUUGAUGUUA